AGCCCUUAAAAAUAAUAAGUAUAUAGGGCUUCAUUAUUAGUACUACAUUACUACUAUUAGAUAAUGAGUAGUACAACCAGAUCAUGGGAUAACUGAACCACAAACGCUAAAACGAUCUUAAACUAUAACCAAGACCCUGUGUAAUUUUAUAGCUCCAUGUUUGGUUGUCUGUUGCCUUCUGAAUAAAAUCAUGUAGCAGUUGCAUCUCCAAAAGAUAAAUAAGUAAACACUCUGUCAGGAAGAAGAGAACGAAAAGCAAUACCAGACGUACCGGUACAAAUUACGAACCAAAUUGAAGACCUGUCUCCUUUGAACCGCCAGAGCAGCCAAACAUAGCAGAAGCACAGGGGUACGCUCAUUUUUCGGCUGCAAUAAUUAUGCAUACUCCCUUGCUAAUAUUAGAGAAGAGAGACAGGAGCCAGUAACAAAAAUAACUAGGCAGCUUCCCAGGGAUUCAAGCGUCUCCCUUGUCAAUGUCAAGUAAGGUCUCCUAGCGCCUCCCCACCACCAUUGCAUUCUUUUCUUCCACGCAAAAGGGGAAGGAAAGGGGAAAGGAGGUAGGUUCUUCUGGCCUAGGGGGGAGAUCAAUAAAUAAAAGAAGAGAAAGCCAGGAAAUCGAGACAGAACAAAAUAAUGGCGACCAAGGGCCACCUCUCCUUCUUGCUCCUCUCGGUCAUCGUGGCCUCUCUUGUGGGCUCGUCGGCCGGCGUGUUCCAUAUUGUCGGUGCCGGUAAGGGGUGGCGGAUCGCCCCCACCAAGACCUACUACGGGGAUUGGGCUCGCACCAGGGACAUCCACGUCGGCGACAAGCUCAUGUUUCUGUACCAGAGCGGAGUCUACGACAUUGUGGAGGUGCCGACCAAGGAGCUGUUCGACGCUUGCAGCAUGAACAAUGUCACCAACAGGUACCAGCUUGGCCCAACCAUCGUCAAGCUUGACAAGCCCGGCCCGCGCUACUUCUUCUGCGGCGUCGGCAGGCACUGUGAGGGAGGGCAGAAGGUCGCCGUAAAUGUCUCCGCCGCCUCUGCCGAGUCAGUGCCCGUGCUGCCACCGGCGUUGUCGGUGGAGCCUCAGAUCGCCAAGAAACUAUAAGAAACUAUAGAGGGGAAUUAAUGAUGUAUGUAUUUUUUGCUCCAUGAAUUUUUUAAUAGCCCGGCCGCGGGGGGCUUGUAUAUUUACUUAUACUAACCGCCAUGGCUUAAUUGAAUCGUAAGUACAUUGCCGUGUGUGUUGUACAAGUCGGUGUACAACGGAAUCAGGAGAUAGCACAGCGUGUGCCGGAUAUGCUACAGUAUAUGUAUUACUGUAUCAACAAUACUAGAAACUAGUUGUUGCAUUGUUUCCUAUA